UGUGAAGCAUUUUUCAUCAAACCUAAAAAAAAAAACAAAUAUCUAACCAAAAAAAAAAAGAGGGAAUAAUCUUUUGAUAUGUGAGCUUCUCUUACAACCCUAUAAACUACCAAAAUCCUCUUGUGUUAGAUUAUCAUCAACUGAAAAGGUUCUUGUAAUGGAGAGUACAGAUUCUUCCGGUGGUCCUCCCCCGCCGCAACCUAACCUUCCUCCAGGUUUCCGUUUUCACCCAACCGAUGAAGAGCUCGUCGUUCACUACCUCAAACGCAAAGCUGCCUCCGCUCCUUUGCCUGUCUCCAUCAUCGCUGACGUUGAUCUCUACAAGUUCGAUCCUUGGGAACUUCCUGCUAAGGCAUCGUUUGGAGAACAGGAAUGGUACUUCUUUAGUCCUAGAGACCGUAAGUAUCCGAACGGAGCGAGGCCAAACAGAGCGGCCACGUCUGGUUACUGGAAAGCCACCGGUACUGAUAAACCGGUGCUAGCCUCCGACGGUAACCAAAAAGUCGGCGUGAAGAAGGCACUCGUCUUCUACAGUGGCAAACCUCCAAAAGGUAUUAAAAGUGACUGGAUCAUGCAUGAGUACCGUCUCAUCGACAACAAACCAAACAAUAGACCACCAGGAUGUGAUUACGGCAACAAGAAAAACUCCCUAAGGCUUGAUGACUGGGUGCUAUGUCGAAUCUACAAGAAGAACAACGCGGGACGACACGUUGAUAACGAAAAGGAUAAUGAUAUGAUCGACUACAUCUUCAGGAAAAUCCCUUCAGGACUCAACAACAAUGUCUCAAGAUCAAUGAACUUCUUCCCGGGAAGAUACUCCGGUGGUUACGGGCUUUUCUCCGACGGUGAUCCCGGUUUGUACGACGGAAGCGGCAUGAUGUGCAGCAACGGAGCUGAUGCAGUUAAUCUCAAUGUCUGUAACGGUAACCUUAGCUCCGAGGUUGUCGGUAACGGUUUGAACCCUGUUUCUUCCUCUGGACCGAUGAUGAUGAUGGCUAAUCUGAAACGAGCUCUACCCGUGCCGUAUUGGCCUGUGGCUGAGGAAGAGCAGGAUGUAUCUCCGAGCAAAAGGUUUCACGGUGUCGGAGGAGGAGGAGGAGGAGGAGACUGUUCGAACAUGUCUACAUCGAUGGUGGAGGAGCCACCGCCACUCAUGCAGCAGCAAGGUGGUGUGUUAGGGGAUGGAUUAUUCAGAACGGCGUCGUACCAACUACCUGGUUUAAACUGGUACUCUUCUUAAACCGGUCUGUGUGAAAUGGUGACAAGUGUCG